AUGACGAUCCUCCCGAAGAAGAAGCCGGUACCGGCGCCCGACGGCGACGCGGAUUCGGGCCCGGACGCGGGGCCCGAGCGCGGAUCGGACGCGGGGCCCGAACGCGGCCCUGGAGGCGUCGGCGAACCCGGCGGACCCGGCGUGGGGGGGCCGCGGCCUCGGGCCUCGCCGCCGCCGCCGCUGCGGGGUUGGGCCGGGCUGCCCGGAGCCGCCGGUUCCCCUCCACCCGCCGGGCCCGGAGGUCCCGGUGGCGGCGGCCCCGGUUCCGCGGACGGGCCCGCGGCGCUGCUGGGGUUGGAGGCGGCGGCGCUGGGGCUGCCCGAGCCCCGCGGGCCCGGCUGCGGCGGCGGCGGCGGCGGCGGCCCCGGGCACAGCAAAAGGAGGCGGCGCGGCGGGGCCGGGCCCAGCGGAGGAAGCGCGGGGUCGGGCCCCGGUGGGAUCGGGCUGGGGAUGGGGCUGGGCCCCGGUUGCGGCAGCCCCGGGCCCGACGAGGCGGGAGGAGGCUACAACAGCGAGGACGAGUACGAGGCCGGGCGGGUGGAGAUGGACCCGGCCACGGCCGAGCAGAUGAAGAACGCCGAUUAUUUCUCCAAUUACGUCACCGAGGACUUCACCACCUACAUCAACCGCAAGCGCAAGAGCACCUGCCACGGCAACCACAUCGAGAUGCAGGCCAUGGCCGAGAUGUACAACCGGCCCGUGGAGGUCUACCAGUAUGGCACUGGUGCGUGGGGGCGCUGGGGAGGGGUCCCUGGGCACUGGGACUGUCCCCAGCUGUCCCCUCACUGUCCCCUCACUGUCCCCAUGUCCCUCACUGUCCCCGUGUCCCUCACUGUCCCCAUGUCUCUCACUGUCCCUCACUGUCCCCAGCUGGCCGAGCAGUCCCUGAUGAAGAGCGCCAUCAAGACGUCGGAGGAGUCGUGGAUCGAGCAGCAAAUGCUCGAGGACAAGAAACGAGCCACGGACUGGGAGGCCACCAACGAGGCCAUCGAGGAGCAGGUGGCCCGCGAGUCCUACCUGCAGUGGCUGCGUGACCAGGAGAAGCAGGCGCGGCAGGUGGGGCCCGAUCGCGGCACGGGUGUCACCUUCGAUGUCACCGUCAGUGUCACCGUCAGUGUCACCGUCAGUGUCACCGUGCUGGAGGGGCUGGAUUACCUGCACACCAAGUGUAAGAUCAUCCACACGGACAUCAAGCCCGAGAACGUUCUGCUGUGCGUGCAGGAGCCUUUCCUGAGGCACCUGGCGGCCCAGGCUGCGCGCUGGGCACGGGGGGACGGCCCCCCCCGGGGAGCAG